GUCAAAUGUUUUCGCAAAAAAGAGUCACAACAAAAAAGUUUUUUUCUUUUCGAGAAAAAGUUUUACCACCAAAUGAAUUGAUUUAAAAGUUUUUCGAGUGAAAAUUUUGUUUGUUUAUCGACAAAUUUUACCAUCAAUUAGUUGAUUUUCAUUCAAACAAAUUAUGCAAGUGAUCGUCACGAUGAUAAUCAACAAAUUACUCUAAUUUUCUGUGUCAAUUUCCUUUUUCCUAGUCUUCAACAAUCGGUGUUUCUUUUUUUUUUUAAUUGAAUUUAAUUUCUAUCUUGUUUCUUGUUCGUGUGUAUGAUUGAAUAAUUAACAUAAUCGUAAUACAAAUGUUAAUCAUGGGCAGUUCAACAACACCAACCUCUUCAGGUUCACAAGGUACUGGUAAUUUAAAUUGUUAUUGGGGUAUGAUUGGUUCUGAUGGUGAUAAUCCAACUGGAUUUAACAGUAACAGUGUUCAACAUUCAUCUUCCCCAUUAAAUAACUGUCAUCAACAAUCAGCUGUUUCAACUGGAUCUGUAUCAUCUUCAAUCACAUCAAUAGUAACCGGAGGUGGUGGUGGAAGUGGUGUAAGUAGUGUAGGUGGGGGAGGAGGAGGAGGUGGUGGUGGUGGUGGAGGAGGAGGAGGUGGGAUACCAACAACUCUUGAUAAUUAUAAUCAUAGUGCAUAUUCAACACCAUCCACUGGACCAGGAGGAUAUCCGGGUUCUUAUUAUUCAGUUGGCGGUGGUGCCUCCGCAGCGGUAGCUUAUAAUGCUUCAGCUGCAGUAGCUGUUGCUGCUUCAUCGGCUGCAUCGGCAUCACUUUAUCAACAAUUAACCGCUUCUUCAUCAGCUCGAGCUCAAUUAGUAACAUCAUGGGAUACAUCACCUGAUCUUGAUGAAUGUAAAUCAAAGUUGUCCAAAAAAAAUUGCCAUUACUCACUUGGGGACACGAAUUCACAUUAUGUUCAUCAUCCUUUUGAUACAUCAUCAACUAAAUCAACUUUUGACCUUCUAUCAGCUCAUACGAAUCCAUCAUCAAUAAGAGGUUUGCCUUAUAAAAUGUACUCUCCAUCGCACGAAGCAGUACUAACCGAGAAGCGAAAACAACGCCGAAUCCGAACAACCUUUUCAAGUGCACAAUUAAAAGAGUUGGAACGAGCUUUUCAUGAGACUCAUUACCCUGAUAUCUACACUCGUGAGGAUAUAGCACGUAAAACCGAUCUAACCGAGGCUCGUGUACAGGUAUGGUUCCAGAAUCGUCGAGCUAAAUUUCGUAAGCAAGAGCGUUUAAAUAAUCAAAAAUCAGGCGGUGGUGGUGGUGGAGGUAAUAUAACAAGUUCCUCAGUUGGUCCAGGAAGCAAUGGAUCAAGUAACGGUAAUAUUUCACAAGGGCCAACACCAACACCCACACUUAAUGGUUCAUGUCAUCAAAGUGGAAUUAACUCAAUUGUCUCUUCACCAGAAUCGAAUAAUUAAUAAACUGAUUACAUCGCCAUACAAAUAUCUCUCUUUCUCUCUAUUAUGAUAUAUAUCUUGUCAAUCCUUUUUCUCAUCUCUUGUCAUCCUUUUCUCUCUCUCUCUCUCUCUCUCUAUCUCAUCUCAUCUCUCAUUUAAGAAUCAAAUUUUUGUGAAAAUUAGUAAUAAACAUCAAUUGAUUAAAAAAACUACCUUCAUUAUACAUAAAAAAGACUAUUAAAAUCAUCUUCAU